GUGAGCGAUGGGAGCCUGACAGUGGUCUCCAUCACCCGGGAGGACAGGGGUGCCUACACGUGCCGGGCGUACAGCAUCCAAGGGGAGGCUGUGCACACCACGCGCCUGCUCGUUCAAGGACCUCCCUUCAUCGUUUCCCCUCCGGAGAACAUCACGGUCAACAUCUCCCAGGAUGCGCUCUUCACCUGCCAGGCCGAGGCGUACCCCGGGAACCUCACCUACCUGUGGUACUGGGAGGAGGAGAACGUCUACUUCAAGAACGACCUGAAGUUGAGGGUGCGGAUCCUGAUUGACGGGACGCUGAUCAUUUUCCGUGUCAAGCCAGAGGAUGCUGGAAAAUACACCUGUAUCCCCAGCAACAGCCUGGGCCGCUCGCCAUCAGCCUCUGCCUACCUGACGGUGCAAUAUCCUGCCCGCGUGGUGAACAUGCCCCCCGUCAUCUAUGUUCCCAUCGGGAUACACGGAUACAUCCGUUGCCCGGUUGAGGCAGAGCCCCCGGUCACGCUGGUCAAGUGGAACAAGGACGGACGUCCCCUGCGAAUCGAGAAGUAUGCUGGCUGGAACCUGCUGGAAGACGGGUCGAUCCGGAUAGAGGAGGCAACCGAAGAUGCUCUCGGCACUUACACCUGUGUGCCUUAUAACGCCCUGGGUACGAUGGGCCAGUCUCCCCCUGCCCGACUGGUACUGAAGGACCCCCCCUAUUUCACGGUGCUACCAGGCUGGGAGUACAGACAGGAGGCAGGGAGGGAGCUGUUGAUUCCUUGCGCUGCUGCCGGAGACCCCUUUCCCAUCAUCGCCUGGAGAAAGGUAGGGAAGCCCAGCAGGAGCAAGCACAACACGCUGCCCGGUGGCACCCUGCAGAUCCGCUCCCUCGGCAAGGACGACCACGGCGAGUGGGAGGGCCCAGCAUGUGGUUUUGCUCCCCUUUAACACAUCCCUCUCUCGGCAGGCACAAGCCCUCACGCUCCGACCAGCGUACACGUUGUGGUCGCCAUGACCUCAGCCAACGUCUCCUGGGAGCCCGGCUACGACGGUGGAUACGAGCAGACUUUCUCAGUUUGGAUGAAGAGAGCCCAGUUCGGCCCUCACGACUGGCUGUCUCUCCCUGUGCCAGCUGGUUCCAGUUGGCUACUGGUGGAUACCUUGGAACCGGAGACUGCGUACCAGUUCAGUGUCUUGGCUCAAAACAAGCUGGGUACCAGCUCCUUCAGCGAGGUGGUCACUGUGAACACUCUAGCAUUCCCUGUAACAACUCCAGAGCCUCUGGUGUUGGUUACCCCACCGAGGUGCCUAACAGCCAACCGGACACAGCAAGGCGUCCUCUUGUCGUGGCUUCCUCCUGCUAACCACAGCUUCCCCAUCGACCGCUACAUCUUGGAGUCCCGCAUCGCGGAGAGGUGGGAGAUCUUGGACGAUGGCAUCCUGGGCACCGAGACCGAGUUUUUUGCCAAGGACUUGUCCCUGGACACCUGGUAUGAGUUCCGGGUCCUCGCGGUCAUGCAGGAUCUCAUCAGCGAGCCCAGCAACGUUGCUGGCGUGUCCAGUACAG